CGUAUCCCAUGACCGGUGUGAAUUAGCCAUGCAUGCUAGCAAUGACUCAAAAAGAUCUCUUUAUCACGACUUUACUCAGGACUACGACCUGGUCGACUGUUGUUCGGGGUGAAAGCGUCGUUGAGCUCGAAACACUCUUAUGGCGUCCAUUUCUCGUCGGUUCGUCUCUGCGUCGAGGCUGGGAACGCGAAGGACCAUCUCUCCAUCUCUAGAGAUGUUAAAGUUGCCUGCAUACUCACUGCAACGAGGCUUUCAACAAACAUCCCGCCUGCAAAGCACGUCAAGCAUGGCUCGAACCUCAUCAUCGUCCGGGAGGCUACUUGCAGCCGUUCUCACAGCCUCUACUCUCUCCGGCCUCGCUGGAUUCUUCUACGCACGAGAACGACCAGAUGUAGUUGACACUCUGACGAACCCACAAUUCGGAAGCCCAAAGGACUACGAGCGAGGUAUCGAGGAGCUUCGGUCAACUUUACCUUCCGAGGAUAUGGUCUCCACGAACCCUGAUGAUCUUCUUGCUCAUGGUUGGUCAUCCCACGUCUGGCAUCCUGGACUACCCCAUACCGUUGUCGUGUAUCCGACGUGUACUGAGGACGUCGUCAAGAUCGUCAAGAUAGCGAAGAAGUACCGGAUGCCUGUCAUACCUUACAGUGGUGCUACGAGCUUGGAGGGUCAUUUCCUUGGGAGCGAGUAUGGAGGCAUUUGCGUUGAUAUGUCGGGCAUGGACAAAAUAAUCGAAACUCACGAGGCCGACUCUGACGUCGUAUGCCAACCCGGCAUCGGCUGGAUGGACCUCAACGAGACCCUCAAAUCCAAAGGCAUCCCUCUAUUCUUCCCCCUCGACCCAGCUCCCAGCGCCACAAUCGGUGGCAUGCUUUCCACCGGCUGCUCAGGAACCAAUGCUGUCAGAUACGGUACAGCGAAAGCAGAAUGGUUUCUCAAUGCUACCGUCGUUCUUCCUUCCGGAGAAGUCAUCAAGACUCGUCGUAGAUCCCGAAAAUCGUCUGCCGGUUUCGACGUGACGAAGCUUUUCAUCGGCGCCGAAGGGACAUUAGGGAUCGUCACCGAAGUGACCAUCAGGCUGGCACCGGUGCUCCCAUACAGGGUGGCGACAGUGCAGUUCCCGGACGUCAAGCACGCCACAGAGGCCGUAGUCGAAGUCCUGAACAAAGGCGUCGGUAUACAAUGCGUCGAACUCCUCGAUCGCGACUUCAUGACCGCCACGAAUCAGUUCGGCGCUUCCGGGCGCCAAUACCCCGUCUCCGACCACCUCUUCUUCAAAUUACAAGGCCCGAGCACGAACUCGAUCUCCGAGACGGCGAAGAUAGUGAAGGAGGUUGCGGAGCGGCAUGGAGGGAAGGGGUGGAGGAUGGCGAAGAACGAUAGUGAGGGGGCGGAGAUGUGGAUGGAUCGGAAGAUGGCGCAUUAUACGGGGAUGGCGUAUGGUGGGGCGGGAGCCAAGGGAUGGUCUACGGAUGUUUGUGUCCCGAUAUCGAAGCUGCCUCAGCUCAUUCAGGAGACGCAUGAGGAUAUCAUCAGGUCCGGCCUCAAAUGCACCAUGGUCGGACAUGCAGGCGAUGGAAACUUCCAUACCCUCCUGCUCUUCAAAACCGAGGAAGAACUCAAGGUCGUACGCGAAGUAGUCCAUCGGAUGGUCCACCGCGCCAUCUCCCUCGACGGAACUUGCACCGGAGAGCAUGGCGUCGGUGUCGGAAAGAAGGAGCACCUGUAUGAAGAGCUCGGAGCGGGGACGGUGGAGCUCAUGAAGACAAUCAAGAGAACUAUCGAUCCGUUGGGGUUGUUCAAUCCUGGGAAGCUGUAUCCGGAUGCGCCGGGGAAGGAUCCGCACGCUGAGCCUUGAUGUCUAACGCUCGCGGAAUUGACAAGGACCAUACUUACGAACGGUUGUGGAUAUGUGGUCGAAUGAUGAAACACCAGUCUCAAACCUCCACAGCCGCAAUAGAAAGCUCGCUGGGUCCUUUCUUCCGACCAGACUGUAAUUCUUUCGCAGACGGGGGGUAGUAUUCACCUUCCCCAGGCAAGAGCAGCGUUCUUAGAGCCAGCACUUCAUCGGCAUGUAUUGAACAGUGGAAUGCUGGGCAUGCUUUGACAAAUGUUGGUUUGUUGCGCAAUUUAUGAUACUC